GGAAAUAGUUUUUGGCGCCAAUGACGUCAGCAAUGGCGGAUUUGGAAUAAAGUUCGAGUCGAUUUUCUUGGAAUCGUGUCGCAGUCCUGCACACAUAAUUAACAUGCCGUCUACAGGAUUGGACACAGCUGUUGGUGUGUCUUUGGUGAGCAUCGCUGGUCUCGCUUUCACCUAUUACACAUUGUGGGUUGUCAUUUUGCCUUUUGUAGAGGAUGACCAUCCGAUGCACCAGUUUUUCCUUCCAAGAAUCUAUGCAGUAGGGAUUCCAUUGGUGGCUGGAUUCACAGUCCUAGCAGGAUUAGGUGCUUUUAUUACCAUGGUGAUGAUGAAGAAAAAGACUAAGACAAGUUGAUUCAACAAGCUGCAUGUAAUUCAUACCAUAUUCAUUCCAUUAUUAACAUGUCAACUUUUCUGUGGAUUCCAUAAUAUUAAUAAAGAAUUUAUAAUGAGAUUA